CAAAUCAUUUUGGUAUAUGCAUAAGUCUUAGUUUGUGUGUUCUGUCUAUAAUCCAAUGGAAGGUAGAGCAUCUGCCUUUGUCUUAUAUAUGCACACGAUGGAAACUUGUCGUCGAGGAACUGAAUUCAAUUCUUUAUUUUGAUACUAACCAAAACCAAAAGAAAGGUGGCAAAUUGAAGAAAAUCAUAUUCAUAGAUAGUACUAGAUGUUUAUAUUGAUCGAUAUCCACAUUAUGGUUCUCGUUAAAACUAGAACCUAUCGUACUUUCAGAAUACAUAAUAAAUGGCUUUGGUGAUAAUGCUUAUAAUUUUAUCCUCUGUUUGGUGGGGGAUUAAAAUCACAACUUUAAUAGAUUUUUCAUAAUAGUUGAUGAAAUAUGUGGUUAAAAUUAAUUAUUAACUUUGACUUAAAAUAAAAUCUAGUUUUAUUUGAUAUACAGGCUUUCAAAGCAUUACUAACAUCCGCAUCUUCGGAUGACCAGCUCUCUGCUUUAGGAGAAUUGAUGUAUCAGUGCCACUACAGCUACAGCGCCUGUGGACUUGGCUCGGACGGGACAGACAGGCUUGUUCAGCUAGUGCAAGAAAUGCAGCACAGUAAAAUUUCAAGAUCUGCCGAAGGAACUUUAUAUGGUGCAAAAAUUACUGGUGGAGGAUCGGGUGGAACAGUUUGUGUCAUUGGUAAAAACUGUCUAAGAAGCAGCCAGCAAAUUCUUGAGAUUCAGCAGAGAUACAAAGCUGCCACUGGUUACUUACCGAUACUUUUUGAGGGGUCGUCCCCAGGUGCCGGAAAAUUUGGCCACCUUAAAAUUCGUCGCCGGCUUCAAUCCAAGCAAGAUUGAUGGUUCCAUACAUAGGUAGACAUUAUAAUUGAUGACAUACCAUCUUGACUCUCACCAUUGAAACGUGGUCAAGAAAUAAAAAUAAAUUAGGAUUUUUAAAUCUUCUGUUAUGAAAGUAAAUUCGUAUUUCGGUAUUAGAUAUAGUGGGAACGAAAUGGUAUAGUAAAAUUAUCUUAAAAUAUUUACAUUUGAAAAAGCUUUCAGGAGGAAUGCCAACUAAGCUGCUAAAGUUCAAUACAUUCUUUUGUAAGGAACUCUCUGAAAAUAUUUACACUAUGAGAACAAAACCAUUAGACGAACAAC